ACGUCCAUUGACGACUCGGCACAAUGCUGCUGCCGCCGCUGAGAGCGCGGAGGAGGCGCACAGAGCCGAGCACUGCGAUCAGAUGCUCACAUCGAGGAGGACACAGAUGGACAGCCUCGUUCAGCCGCUCGUCGCCCAGUACCUCGCCAUGGGAUGUCAGUCGAAAGAGAACCACCAAAACGAAAGUGCGAGUCCGGACGAGAAGGGGAAGGACGAUGCUGCGACUCCAAGAUGCAGCUCCAGGGCUAGAGUUUCUCCACCUGGACUUCCUCACAGGUUCCACAGACCCAGCCCGGCCCAGACGGCCCCGUCCAAAUCCAUGAUGCCCCUGGGUCCCCUCACUAAGGGGGCGAGCUGGGAGGGCAUCAUCCAGGCCUGCCUGCAGUCCUUUGAUUCAAGCGGUUGCGUGUGCGGGAGCGGCCACUUGCUGAACAUCACCCUGACCAUGCACCGUCUCCUCAUCUCGUCCAGUGAUCUGCUGGACAAACUCAUCACUCUAUUCAAAACAGCGAUGGACAAUGAGCAGGCAACAGAGUGUCAGAGGAUAUGCUAUCUCAUCAGACACUGGAUCCAGGAGUUCUGGAUGAUGUUCCGCUUGCACCACAGCUUGUCAGACAGCAUGGAGCAGUUCCGGGAGCUGAUCAGGGAGCAGGGACAGGAGCAUCUCUGCUCUCUCCUAGAGACCAAAUGGAUAAAUGAGCGGGAUUGGUCGUGGAAGGCCAGCCAGAAGAUGAAAGCCAACAGCAGUAAAAAGAGGAAGGUUUCUCUUCUUUUCGAUCACCUGGAGCCCAUCGAGUUGGCCGAGCACCUGACCUUCUUGGAGUUUAAAUCUUUUUGCAGGAUUUCAUUUGUAGACUAUCAGAAUUACAUUCGCAGCUGCUGCAUGAAGGACAUCCCUGUGAUGGAGCGUUCCAUUGCACUGUGUAAUGGUAUCUCCCAGUGGGUUCAGCUGAUGGUGCUGAGCCGACCGACCGCUCAGCUGAGAGCUGAGGUUUUCACCAAGUUUAUCCACGUUGCAAAGAGUCUCCAUCUUAUGCACAACUACAACACAUUAAUGGCAGUGGUUGGGGGCCUUUGUCACAGCUCCAUCUCCAGACUGAAAGACACAACCUCGCACGUACCUAGUGAGGUCACGAAGAUGCUGAACGAGAUGACUGACCUGCUGUCCUCAUGCAGAAACUAUGACAACUAUAGACAAGCUUACAGCAGGUGUACAGGUUUUAAAAUCCCAAUCUUGGGCGUCCACCUCAAAGACCUUAUAUCCGUCAAUGAGGCCAUGUCGGACUACGUAGAGGACAACAAGGUCAACGUCCAGAAGCUCCAGGCCAUCUACAGCCACAUCAACGAGCUGAUCCAGCUCCAGCAGAUCCCACCCAGGCUGGACGCCAACAAGGACCUUGUCCAUCUGUUGACGCUGUCCUUGGACCUUUAUUACACAGAGGAUGAGAUCUAUGAAUUGUCUUACACCAGGGAACCCAAGAACUGUAAAGCACCGCCAUCCACCCCCUCAAGACCUCCUGUGGUUGUGGAGUGGGGAUCAGGAGUGGCUCCCAAACCGGACCGCCGAACCAUCAGCAAACAUGUGCAGAGAAUGGUGGACUCUGUGUUUAAGAACUACGAUCACGACGAGAACGGUUUCAUUUCUCAAGAGGAAUUUGAGAAAAUUGCUGCUAGCUUUCCAUUUUCCUUCUGUGUCAUGGACAAAGAGAAGGAAGGCCUCAUCAGCAGAGAGGAGAUCACAGCCUAUUUCAUGCGGGCCAGCGUCCUCUGCUCCAAACUUGGACUUGGGUUUGUCCACAAAUUCCAGGAGACCACUUACAUGAAGCCCACCUUCUGCGACAACUGCUCAGGAUUUUUGUGGGGUGUCAUCAAGCAAGGCUACAGAUGCAAAGACUGCGGAAUGAACUGCCACAAGCUGUGCAAGGACCAGGUGGCGUUUGAGUGCAAGAAGAACGCCAAAGUGUCCAAUGCCACAGACAGUCCUACACCGAGCUCAACGCCCGUCACCGCAGGCACCUAUGAGGGUUCAGAAGACUGUCCCUUCCCCUAUCCAACUGAUGACAGCAAAGACUGGAGCCCGGAGUCCCCAGUCACCUCCAUUCUGAGGCCCCGGAAGGUCCACAGCUGCACCCAGACAGAGGCGGCUUUCACUGCAUCCCCCUCAGCCAGUCGCCCUCAGCCUGCACUGUUAGUCCCAGCAGUGCCCCCCCUCACCUCGUGUCCCAGCCCGGUACCCCAGAGGAAACACUGUGCCAAGUGGGAAAACAGAGCUUCUGUCAUGCAAAAGCCUAAAGAAUCAGAGGAGGAGAGCAAACCUACAUUUGAAUCUCUAGAUUCGGACAACCAGAGGCUGCAGGAAGACAACGAGACACUACGGAGGAAGCUGAAGGAGACCGAGCGGGAGGUGGAGAUCUUAAAGACGCUGCUGAAGAGACACGCUCUCCACCCUGUGGAGGAAGACUCCUCAUCCUAGUCCUGUUCAUACAGUUUACUGAGCCUCCUCCAGGGAGACCACUGCUGCCCCCUUAUGGGGGCAUGCAUUACAUCUGGAUUCAAUAUUUGACUUGGUGGUCAUUAACAGUGCAAGUAAUUUAUCUGUGUAAAGAAACCUAGACAACCAGGCAUCAGGUGGUAAACAGUGGGAAACAAUGCAAUCAAAAAUAUAUUCCAAGCAGUAUGGCACCAAUAAUGAGGUUAAGGUUUUUUUUAAGUGUGUAUGCUUAGUGCUGUUAAUACAGUUUACCAAUUUGAUACGAAAACAAAACACACACCAAAGCCACUUUACAGUAUGAUGAUGCUUAAAGGCUGAAGUGUUACCUUUACAGAAGUGAGCAGAAAGAGUCCCUUGUACAGUUUUACAGGAAAAUUGCAAUUGGCUGAGCCCAUAGAGUAGUACCAGUUGGAAUUGAGUUCUGUGAAAAGUAUGGGAACAUUGUAUGAAGGAGUGACGUAUUGGAGUGAAAAUAUAGCUAAAUGUGUUGAUCAAUUUUUGAUCAUUUAAUGGCCUUAGACAUUUAUGUUGAACAUAAAACAGAAAUGAGGGACCGCAGUGAACUGUAUGCAGCGAAAUAUCUAUCAAAAACAAGUUGUGCCAUGUAUGACAGAUGUGUUAUUAUAAAUAUUAUUAUUAUUAUUAUUAUUAUUAGAGAUGUUCCAAUACCAUUUCCUCCCACCCGAUACCAAAACCAAUACCUGGACUGCAUAUCGGCCAAGACGAAUACCAAUUUGGGACUGUCUUUGUUGAAUUUAUUACGUCAUUCGAAUGUUUGUUUCCAAAGAAAUCUGCUGCUCUUCUUCCUUUUCCCCCAUUUGCGUUGGUGACCUCCUUUUGCUCUUUCUUAUGAUUGUUCCUUAUGGGAUUGCUAGAGCUGUAAUUGGGGACAACCCUCGAAAUCUUUUAUACAUACAUGUCGCUGAUUUUACUUGUGGGACUUUGCAGUGAGAAAUAUUCCCAAAUUGCUGCCAUUUUAGCUAGCUGGCUAGCUGGCUAACGCUACACUACCAGAAAUCACUCCUUUCACCUCAAUGUCAGUAAAGCAUAACUGCUGUUUUAAUGUGGUGAAAAAGAAGGGAUUUCCAGGAAAAGAAAAGGGAAGUUUUAUCUGCGUGAAUCUAAUUUACUUAUUUAUAAGUCCUGGUAUCGGAUCUACAUAUAUUUGCGGACUCGCCGAUGCCCAACCUGGCAUUUUUGUCUGUAUCGGAGUAGUUUAUGAUGCUAUUAGAACAUCUAGUAAUAAUAAACUAAUAAGAGCCAAUUGAUGAUAGCAGCAGAAUGAAAUAUCAGCACAGUCAGAACGGCCUCAACAGCACUGAAGUUAGCGCUGCGUUCAUAUUUAUUGUCUCAAACACUACACAAUGGUUCAAAGAGUGAGAUAAAUGAACAUUUUGUACAGUGUGCUGGUACUUUCUGUGAAUUUUUUAUGCUUGUGUGUGUGUGUGUGUGUGUGUGUGUGUGUGUGUUGGCAUCAUAUUGAUACUUUCUAUUUUUAUCGUGCAGCCAUGUCAUUCAAUUACUGAGUGGUCCACUGUAGCAGUGUUGUGCCCUGAUUGGGAGUGGAGAUAGAUGUGUUUGUACUAUGUAUAAUGUUCUGUAUAUAUGCACUGUGUCGUCUUAGUUAUAGGUCCCCCCCCCCCCCCCCCCCUCAGUAUUGUUAUC